AUGGCCCUUAUAAGCAUAGAUUCUUUACAAUCCGCACAGACGUUGGCUCGCACAGGACUUCCUUACCCGCCAGAGGGACUUAUCGUCCAUAUCUCCAACGAAGAGCCAGUAUUGGCGGACAUUGAAGCCUCGUUCCGGGAAGUACGCACUUCGCAAGCGGUGCUGGGUCCCGCACUGCGGCUGUCUGAAGCUCUUACGCUGCACCAGACGCCCUUGAAUGAAUACUUGCAUGAUUUAUCCGAGGCGCUUCAAAGCAUCCUCGAGAGAUGCAGGAGCUCCCUAACGCACUUCGAACAUAUCCUUCCUGACUUCCCUUUGCCGGUUCACUGUCUCCAUGCACUCAAUUCGGCCGAACUUGACAACCUGCGGUCGAUCUCCGUGCAGUGGUCCGUAACAGCUCGAAGAGACCACGAGGGGAAAGGCUAUCCUCUGAUUACCGAAGAACAACGAAGCAAUACCAUGGCCGACUUCUUCUCAGCUUUACACGCGAUUGUGGAGCGUUACUCGGAGAUGCUCGAAAUUUUGAGAAUAUCCAUGCCAUCCAUGGGCUAUCCGUUAUUUAAUUCACUUCAAACUUCCAUUCAGAGCGAUUUCUGCAACCCAUCAUUGGCGCCGCGACUCCGCGUGCUCGACCUUACCCAUACAGCGCCUGGAUUAGAACAACUGCUCGAUAUCUUGGCCGCCAGGGCAACCGCCCUGGAACACAUCAUUGUAGACCAAGGGGCAGAUUUCAGUGGGAGCGUGGACUGUGAAGAUUCAGACGAAGCAGACGAGGAGCCCAACGGCUGGUAUCUCGUGGGCAGGCAUCUAGCACUCCUUCGAUCCAAGCACGGAGAUGGAUACGCCCUGCGCUCGCUAUGCGCGUCAAUGACUGAGAAGACGGGACACCUUGCGCUUUUCCCGUCCCGGCUGACCCGAGAUGAGCUCAGAGAGAAACUGAGCUCAGGAGCUGCAGGUUCGCUUGCGCAGGGUGCGACGGAUGAAGCCAUGAAAUGGGUCCAGGAGACCUUGGUCGUGUGCGUGGCGUGGCCGCACUUGGCUGCGGUAGGGAAUGUUGACGAGGACGCGAAGUUACAUGCUGAAGGAUGCGGGCACACCAGUGGAUGGGGAACUCUGCAGCCUUCCGCUGUCUGGUCGCCUGAGCUCCGUGAAUUUCAGCUUCUCCGCAAUCCCCAAGUAUUGUGA